AUGACAGAUCAGGACAACACUUACAGACCCCGUUCUCCCGAUCUUUCCACCUUACAGUCCCCCAUCCCUCCUGCCGUCACCUCCCCCGUCUAUCCUCUUGCUAGUCCUCUGGGACAUCGCGCUUCCUACGACGCCUCCCCCUUCUUCACCCCGCAAUAUCAGCAACCCGCGAUUCCGCAUCAACAAUACAUCCCCCCCUUCGCAGAUCCUCACUAUCCCCAAUCGUUUGAUAUGGCGCGUCGAUCUUCUCGUCUGGCGCGUGCUGCCGAAGUCGCGCCCUUGCAAAUGCCAAUGGCAAUGCCCGUACCAGUGCCAGAGACAAAAUACAUCGAACCCGUCGUCCCAGAGGAACCUCCACAGCCUACUCCAGCCGCUGGCAUUGAAGUGAAAACGAAAUUUCCGGUCGCGCGUAUCAAGCGCAUUAUGCAAGCGGAUGAAGAUGUCGGCAAGGUCGCGCAGGUCACUCCCAUUGCUGUCUCCAAAGCACUAGAACUUUUCAUGAUCUCGCUGGUCACUAAAGCAGCCAAAGAAGCUCGAGAUCGCAACUCGAAACGCGUCACUGCCUCGCAUCUGAAACAAGCUGUCGUCAAGGACGAGGUUCUGGAUUUCCUGGCCGACAUCAUCGCCAAGGUGCCCGAUCAGCCUGCCGGCGGGAGGAAGCAUGAAGACGAUGGCAGUGACCAGAAUGAACAACCGAAACGAAAGCGCGGCGGACGUCGACCCAAGGACGAUAGUGAUUAG